GGGCCCCUCAUGUCCUGGCUGCAGGAAACAAUCACGUGUGGGUCCUUUAUUAGACCCUGACAUAUAAGCUGAAGGCAGUUGCGACCAGAAACUCUCUAGGCAAGGACCAGCAAGCAGAGGCCAUGCUGACUACAAUGCUGCUGAGUUGUGCCCUGCUGCUGGCACUGCCUGCCACACAGGGGGCCCAGAUGAGCUUGGCCUCCCUGGAGGGCAUCAGAAGGCCUGGCCAGACCCUGUUUCCGGAGUUCACAGGCUUAGGUCUGCAUGUUCCGAAGAGGACGACUGCAGACCAAGCAGAAGAAGCUCUGCUGCAGAAGGCAGAGGCUCUGGCCGAGGUGCUAGACCCGCAGAACCGUGAGUCUCGCUCCCCGCGUCGCUGCGUACGGCUGCACGAGUCCUGCCUGGGACAGCAGGUGCCGUGCUGCGACCCCUGCGCCACCUGCUACUGCCGCUUUUUCAACGCCUUCUGCUACUGCCGCAAGCUGGGCACCGCCGCGAACCCCUGUAGUCGUACCUAACCAGCGGAUGUAGAGCAGGGGCAGGGGGACACGAAUAAAGGAUGGGACCUAUCAAAAA